AAAAAUUAGUCACCAAAUCAAUACAAUCGGUCAAAGUCCACCAAAAAAAUGGCGAAAUCCAAAACACCCUAGAUUUCAUUUCAUUCCCAAAUUUUCAUCAUCAUGAUUCUAAAACAACACAUCCUUCUCUUCAUAUUCACAUUUCUAUACAUAUUCUAUGACCAUUGGGUCCCAUCCCCAUCAUGCGACGUCGUUCCGGGUGUCACUAAUACAGAACACAUCGAAGAUGAUGAUGAUUAUGAUCUCAAAGUUAUGAUGGUUGCUGAUUUAUUGUUGUCGGGUCAUGAUUCUGGAUCCGGGUUUUUCGAUUCACAUCUUAAAGAUUACUACUUUACAAGAUUCUUUAAAAAAUCAUUUGAAUUCUUGAAGCCUGAUAUGCUGAUUGUGUUAGGAGAUGUAUCUGCUGAAGGAGCAAAGUUGAGUCAAAGCGAAUGGUCAACUGUGCUACAAGAGUUCCACAGCUUGCUCGGUCCGUUUCUUGAUCUGCCAUAUCAUGUUGUUCCUGGAGAUCGAGACCUUGGAGAAUGCAAUGAUCUGGACGAGUUAUUCGUUAAUAAAAUAACUAGAAGUUUUCCGGGAUUGGACUCUGCUGGUUGUGGUGCAUUUGAUAUUGGAAAUGUUAAUUUUGUCUCACUUAAUUCUGUGGCAUUGCUAUGUGGAAAAAAUGACUUACGGUUUAGUGUUGAGAAAGCAUUGGAAAGAGAAAGUGUAGAAUUGCAAAUGGAAAACGAAGGCAUAACAAAUGUGAUGGAGUCUUCUCGAAUCAGGAUCCCUAGGCAUGAUUUCAAUUGGAGAGAAAACACCAUGUCAUCAGGGUCUGGUCCUGUACUAUUGCUUCACUUUCCACUGCAUCAAACAACAAACAACAUUCAAGAUGGAACCUUUGGAAUCAUGCAGGAUAGAACGGAACUAUUGAGAAAAAGGCAAUUUGUUGGGGCUGGACCAUAUGAGUUAUCGCAAACAGUUCCACCGAACGCAACAGAGUAUAUCUUCCAUGUUCUUCGGCCCAGGAUGGUCUUCAGUGCACACACUCAAGCAUUUUCCGACCGUACUCAUGCAGAUGGGACCCGUGAGAUUGUGGUUCCUGCCAUGUCAUGGGAUGCAGGAAAAGACCCUGCUUUUGUUGCUGUAACUUUUAGAAGGAAUGGUACGUCUGCUAUUGUGAGCCACUGCAAGCUUGCUGGAAGAUCUCAUGUAUUACUCUUUUAUAUCUCUCUCUUCUUUCUGUUCAUAUUAACUAUUCAAACAUCUCUAAGAAGUUGAUUUGGAAAUGGCCAUUCACUUGUUCUUGACGGUUGUAUACUACUUUAGAGUUCCGGGGCUUUUGUUCCAGGUAAUUGUUGAAGAAAUGGUUUUAAUGUA